AUGAAACCGCCAACAUUCCAUGGGGGGGCGGAUCCAUUAAAGGCAGAGGCUUGGGUCCUCGGCAUAGAAAAGUUAUUUGAAGUAUUUCCAUGCCUUGAAGCACAAAAAGUACAGUUAACAACAUUUACGCUUGAAGAUGAAACGAGGAAGUGGUGGAUGUUAAUCCGUGAGAAUAACAAAGGUAUUGAUUGGGCACGGUUUUUGGAGAUCUUUUAUGACAAAUACUUUCCGCAAUGUGCCCGUGAUAGAAAAGUAAUUGAAUUUAAGGGGCUUAAACAAGGCAAUUUGACUGUGGUAGGAUACGAGGCAAAGUUUACAGAAUUGACCAAGUUCGCACCGCAUAUGGUUGACACCGACUAUAAGAAGGCUUUAAUGUCCAAAACUAAUAUGGCCAAUCAGAGUAAACCACUAAUUGACUGGAAAAGUAAGAGACAUGCUUCUUCUCAAAGAAAGGAUCAUAGAAAAAGCAAAAUACAGGAUCUUCAAGCACUUCAGGCUCCACCAGAGAUACGACACCAAUAUAUAACCAGUGUGGUAAGAAACAUCAUGGGGUUUGUUACCGUAUCUCUGGGGCUUGCUUCAAAUGUGGUAAAAUGGGACAUAUAA